AUGUUAAAUUUAAAAAAGCUUAAAAAGCUAUAAAUAUUUUUUUUAUUAAGUUUGUAAUUUCUAUGGCACUAAUUAUCUCUAUAAAAUAGAAAAUUACCAUAAUUUAAAAAAAGUAUAAUUUACUAAACAAAAUUAAAUAAAGCAAAUAAAUAGAAAGUAGACUUUUCACAAUUUUAAAAUAAAGAAGCUAAAUUAAAAAAACUCCGAGGGUCAUUAUAAAUUUUUGUCUUUACAUUCUUAAGCAUAUAUAUGGAUUCAUCAGAUAUUUAGUAGUCAAUAGUAGAGAAGCAACUGAAUUAAAACGACUAAACUCUUAGUCCAUUAUAAGAAUCUGCUAAAUAAUCUAUGGUAGAAAGUAUUGGAGAACAAAGAAUGAGAGAAAGUAGUUUUAUAAUAGAUUAAUAGAAAAAACAAAAAACUUUAAGUAAAUUUAAUAACAUGAAUAAACAAUAAAAUUAAGAUAGCCUAAGCGAUAAAAAAAAUUCAGAUGAUAAAACUAUAAAUAAAAAAACUUUAAAAUAAACUAAUUACAUUUAAUAAUAAUCAAAUGAUAAAAGAUAAAAGGUGUCAUCUAUCAAAGUAAGUGUCUAGAUACACUAAUUUAUAUAGAAAAUAAAGCUUUUUGCCUCAAGCGUCCUAUUUAAAAAGAUUUAUGAGUAUUAAUUCUAUCAGAUUGGUGAUCUUUCAAGUGACUAUUAAUUCUACUAGUAAAACUAAGUAAAAUAAAUUAUAAAUACAAUUUUUAACAAUUGA